ACAGAAGAGAGACAUUUGAAAAUUACUUCGUUAGAGAUUGAGUCAACUUAUAUGAAUCCUGAGGCUGAGAAUUCUAGCAUUGUGGUCACAUAUACACGACGUAGUGUUCUUCAAAAGGCGGUCAUCACCCACCCCACAGACUUCAGGUCGACAAAUCCCGGCAACAGCCCAGGUGUUGGACACUCUCAUGGACGACAUUGA